AGAUUUUGAGGAAAAAAUGAAGAACCGUCUAGCUGUGGUGCUCAAGUAUGUUGAUAGCAAAUGAAAAAUUGGAGAUGCAGUGCAUCUAUGCCCUCCAAGCUCUUAGUGUUAAACAUCAGCAUCCUAAAGGUCUGCUAGAAAAGUGCUUCAAUGCUUUUUACGAUUCAGAAGUGGUGUCUGAAGAAGCCUUCGAGCUGUGGGCCAAAUUUCAGGAUCCUGAAGAACAGGAGGGAAAGGGUGUGUGUGUUAACUCGGUCAAAAACUUCAUGCGAUGGUUAAAGGAGGCAGAUGUAGAAGAAACUGAAACUCAUGCCUAAGGGCUUGACCCUCCUACCUCUUCAAUUCUUCCUUUAAGUGUUGAUACAGAGAUGAGUUUUUUUUUUUUUUCGUUACUGAUGGACUCAAAUAUUGUAGAAAACUGAAGUUGAAAUAGGAGCCAG